GACCACAACAAAGCGACGACGCCAGAAGCGGCUCCCAGCCCCGGUCUGAAGUUCUCGGGAGGGCAGGAACGCGCCGGAGCCGCCGCGCGGGUCCCGCAUUCAUUAAUUCAGCGAAGUCUCGCGGUGUUCGCGCGACCUCUCAGACAUCUUGCGUUUGUCAGACCGCUACGAAUCUGCUGCACGCACGGGCAGAAACGCAGCGGAAAAAAAACAAAACAAAACCCCAUCCAGCGUCGCUCGACCGCCGUCGCGUCUUCACAUGCGGGGCUGAACUGAGUUUGCGCGUUCGAGACACCCGGAGAGGAUCGCGUGCGGCGUUAUUUUCGUAUUGUGCGUCAUUUCUGCAUUUCUGCGUUUCCACCCAGGCGACAUGGCAACACCCGCCGCUGUGAACCCGUCGGAAAUGGGCACGGACCUGCCGGGGCCGGUGGCUAUGCCGGGCGCUGUGGUGGGUGCGGGUCAGGUCAGGAUGGCCGGAGCCAUGCCGGGGCGAGGAGGCAAGCGGAGGUCAGCGGGGAUGGACUUCGACGACGAGGACGGCGAGGGACCCAGCAAAUUUUCAAGGUAUGACGAUGAUCAGAUUCCCGGUGAUAAGGAGCGUUAUGCCAGAGAGAACCACAGCGAGAUCGAGCGUCGCCGGCGUAAUAAGAUGACCCAGUACAUCACAGAGCUGUCGGACAUGGUGCCCACCUGCAGCGCUCUAGCCAGGAAACCAGACAAACUCACCAUCCUGCGCAUGGCCGUCUCGCACAUGAAGUCCAUGAGAGGGACGGGGAACACUUCAACCGACGGCGCUUACAAACCCUCUUUCCUGACCGAACAGGAACUGAAGCACUUGAUUCUGGAGGCGGCUGACGGCUUUCUAUUCGUGGUGGCGGCCGAGACGGGUCGCGUUAUCUACGUAUCAGAUUCUGUCACCCCCGUUCUGAACCAUCCGCAGUCCGAGUGGUUUGGCAGCACGCUCUUUGAGCAGGUCCAUCCGGAUGACGUGGACAAACUGAGGGAGCAGCUGAGCACAUCUGAGAACUCAAUGACGGGGCGUAUUCUGGACCUGAAGACAGGGACGGUGAAAAAGGAAGGACAGCAGUCCUCUAUGAGAAUGUGUAUGGGCUCCAGACGUUCCUUCAUCUGCAGAAUGAGGUGCGGCAGCGCUCCACUGGAUCAUAUCUCACUGAAUCGGUUGUCCAGCAUGAGGAAGAGAUACAGGAAUGGUCUUGGCCCGUCUAAGGAGGGGGAGGCGCAGUACUCCGUUGUGCACUGUACCGGCUACAUCAAGGCCUGGCCGCCAGCGGGCAUGACCAUUCCGGAUGAAGACACGGAAGCAGGUCAAACCAGCAAAUACUGCUUGGUUGCGAUUGGAAGAUUGCAGGUGACCAGUUCUCCGGUUUCCAUGGAUAUGAACGGACUCUCUGUGCCAACGGAGUUCCUUUCCCGCCACAACUCAGAUGGCAUCAUCACUUUCGUGGACCCUCGUUGCAUCAACGUGAUUGGCUACCAGCCUCAGGAUCUUCUUGGCAAAGACAUUUUGGAGUUCUGUCACCCGGAGGACCAAAGCCACCUGCGAGAGAGCUUCCAACAGGUGGUCAAGCUGAAAGGCCAGGUUCUCUCGGUCAUGUACCGCUUCCGGAUGAAGAACCGAGAGUGGAUGCUCAUCAGAACCAGCAGCUUCACCUUCCAGAACCCUUAUUCAGACGAGAUCGAGUACAUCAUCUGCACCAACACCAAUGUCAAGCAGCUUCAGCAGCAACAGCAGGCCGAGCUGGAGGUGCACCAGAGAGACGGACUGACUGCUUAUGACCUGUCUCAGGUGCCGGUCGCCAGCGUCCCAGCCGGCGUUCACGAGGCGGGAAAGACCAUCGACAAAACCGAUUCUCUGUUCUCGCAGGAAAGAGACCCGCGCUUCAGCGACAUGUACACGGGCAUCUCUGGAUCUGAUAAGAAGAUGAUGGUGCCGUCCUCCACUGCUGGCGGACAGCAGUUAUACUCUCAAGGCAGCCCGUUCCAGCCCGGACACUCCGGAAAGAGCUUCAGCUCGUCUGUGAUCCACGUCCCGGGAGUCAAUGACAUCCAGUCCACAGCCGGUUCAGCCGGACAGAACCUGACUCAGAUCUCCCGACAGAUCAACGCCGGCCAGGUGUCCUGGACCGGAAGCCGACCUCCCUUCUCCGGCCAGCAGAUUCCCGCUCAGUCCAGUAAGGCCCAGUCGUCACCGUUCGGCAUCGGCUCCAGUCACAGCUACCAGGCCGACCCGUCCUCGUACAGCCCUCUGUCCAGCCCCGCCACCUCCUCGCCCUCUGGAAACGCCUACUCCAACCUGGCCAACCGCAGCACUGCUUUCGAUGUGUCGGGCGAGAGCAGCCAGAGCGGAGGGCAGUUCCAGGGCCGGCCGUCCGAGGUCUGGUCUCAGUGGCAGAGUCAGCAUCACGGUCAACAGGGAGGAGACCCUCAUCCUCAUCCUCAGUCCAGCCAGACCGAGGUCUUCCAGGACAUGCUGCCGAUGCCGGGAGAUCCCACCCAAGGAUCGACCAAUUACAACAUCGAAGACUUCGCCGACCUCGGCAUGUUCCCGCCGUUCUCCGAGUAACCGGACACUCUUAUUCCAUCGUUUCUUUGUUUUGGUUCGGACUGCAGUAUCUUCAUCUCACAUGUGACGCACAUGACGCUGCUGAAACACAUUUCUGCAUUCACACACACACACACACACACACGUUUGACUUGAUCCCUCAUUCACAAAAAACGAGCAAAAUAAAUGCAUUCCCAGUCGGACGCCAUUCUUUCUCAUUCAACCGUCAUGCGAUGAUUAACCGCCGCCGUUAUAACAAAAAAAAACGCAUCGUUUUAAAAAUGCAUUCACAUUAAUGCGAGCAGUAAAAGUGCAAGAUGAUUUAUGCCAGGGCAUAAUUUGCUUGUAAUAAAGCAGCAUCUAUAAUAAGUCUAAUUUACAUAGGAAACAGGCAGAGUAAUGCCUGGUUGGCGGGAAGCGUGAAUAUGACGCAAUUUCGUGUCACAGUACCGUAUGCUAAAGGAACGGUUCACCCGAAGAUGAAAACCGUGUCGUCGUUUACUCAUCUUCAAGCGCUUCCUAACACAGAACGAACACAAAAGGAAGAUAUUUUGAAGAACGUUUGCAACCGGGCCGUUUCGGGUCACCAUCGACCUCCGCGGUGUUUUCGCAAAGUAGAUAUCUUCCGUUGCGUUCGUCAGAACGAGGACAUUCGCACAGGUUUGGGGAACGCCCCGAGGGAGAGUAAACGACGACACCAUUUUUAUUUUUCCCUUCAUAUUAGGAUUCAUCCCGCAAUCUCGAGUCAAGACGCACACGCAAACAUUACGAAGAGAUUUCUGUUUUUAGCGUGCAGGAGUAUUUCGAAGAUCUUUCGAGAAGCGAAGGAUCGUUUUCUUCACGCGUCGCACCUCAUUUUUUCGUUGCCAAACAGCAUCUUGCUGACUAAAAAAGUCUUUUUUUUUAAGCUUACCGUGCAAAAUGUAGUCUAUGUAGUGAUGUCUAUAACCUAGCUUAACUGAUAAUAAAUGUAGACGGAUUUAAAGACAAAAACAGUAUUUGAUUCGAUUUUCGAUUUUUUUUCAUUUGCGAUUGUUAUUUUUUAACUUUUACUUUUCUUACGAAAAACACUAGGAGCAGUGUCACUUUUGUGAAGUCGUGGACACCAGCGGCGUAAAUAUCAAGCGUUUCGCGGUGUUCCUUGUAAUCUUCGUGGCAGCUGCGAUUCUCACUAUUAACUUUCGGACUAACGACGUGGAAACUCGAUCGCGCCACAACUCCGGACCGAUGGAAAGACCUCGAGGUGAAACCUUUUUGGAAAAAUCAAAUGGAUGUUUAAUGUAAAUAAUGUGAUUUUUACGUCGGACCAUGGUUUAUUUCACAUAUAUAUACUUGUGUAGGUUUAAUAUCAUCGUGUGCAAUGUGAGUGCAUAUUUAACUCUCGGUACUUAGUUAGCCUGUCCAUUGUACAAUGAGUUUAGGACUGUAUAAAUUGUGUAAAUGUGUUCCGUUAUUUUUGUGUAACUUUAUGACGAGAAAUUGUGCUUGUGACAAUAAAUUCUCAUUGAAUAUGUGGAUUUCGAUCAAA